AUGGGCGAUGUCGAGUACGGCAAGAUCUAUGACUUCUACCUGCCACCCGCAUUCCUCAGGCUGUAUGAUGGUCCUUCUGUGAACGUGGAGGACAUGUGGCGCAUCCUGGGCCGUGGCACCACCAACGGUGGUUUGGUGGUUGGCACCAUCAUCAAGCCAAAGCUGGGUCUGCAGCCCAAGCCUUUCGGUGAGGCGUGCUACUCCUUCUGGCAGGGAGGUGACUUCAUCAAGAACGAUGAACCCCAGGGCAACCAGGUGUUCUGCCAGAUGAACGAGUGCAUUCCUGAGGUGGUGAAGGCCAUGAGGGCUUGCGUCAAGGAGACAGGCAGCUCCAAACUCUUCUCCGCUAACAUCACUGCAGAUGAUCCUGAGGAGAUGAUUGCCCGUGGCAAGUACAUCAUGUCUCAGUUCGGUCCUUUGUCCGAGAACUGCGCAUUCUUGGUUGAUGGCUAUGUUGCAGGUGGAACUGCAGUGACCUGCUGCAGGCGCAACUUCCCCAAGCAGUUCUUGCACUACCACAGAGCCGGCCACGGUUCAGUGACCAGCCCCCAGACCCAGCGUGGUUACACUGCCUUUGUGCACACCAAGAUCUCCCGAGUCAUCGGUGCAUCUGGCAUCCACGUGGGCACCAUGAGCUUCGGCAAGAUGGAGGGUGAUGCCUCCGACAAGAACAUUGCCUACAUGCUGCAGGAUGAUGAGGCCGAUGGUCCUUACUACCGACAGGAGUGGCAGGGCAUGAAGGAGACCACUCCCAUCAUCUCUGGUGGCAUGAACGCCCUGCGCCUGCCAGCCUUCUUUGAGAACCUGGGACACUCCAAUGUGAUCCUGACUGCUGGCGGUGGCUCUUUCGGUCACAAGGACGGCCCCAAGAUCGGUGCCAUCUCUUGCCGUCAGGGUGAGGAGGCCUGGAAGCAGUGGAAGGCCGGCCAGUUCGGCAACAUUAGCUUGAGCGAUGGUGUGAUUGAGUAUGCCAAGACCCACGAGGAGAUCAAGGGUGCUUUCUUGACCUUCCAGAAGGAUGCGGACCAGAUCUACCCUGGAUGGAAGGAGAAGCUUGGCUACACCGGCGAGUCCUCUGUGCAGGCUGCAUCCUUCGACUGGGCCAAGCGUGCUUCUGCUGCUGCCUUCGUGGGUGCCAGUGUUGCCCCUGCCAAGAAGGAGAACAUUGUUGCCCGCCAGGCUUUGGAUCAGUCCAGCCGAUAUGCUGACUUGAACGGCAAGCACGUGCUGGUUGCCUACAUCAUGAAGCCCAAGGCGGGCUAUGACUACUUGGCCACCGCUGCCCACUUUGCCGCGGAGUCCUCCACUGGUACCAACGUGAACGUGUGCACCACUGACGACUUCACCAAGUCCGUGGAUGCCCUGGUGUACUACAUCGACCCUGACAACGAGGAGAUGAAGAUCGCCUACCCAACCCUGCUGUUCGACCGCAACAUCACCGAUGGCCGUGGCAUGAUGUGCUCUUUCUUGACUCUGGCCAUCGGAAACAACCAGGGCAGCUUAGCAACAUUUAUAUAA